AUGGCCAGCGGCAGCGGCGAGGAGAAGGUGGCGAGCGGCAGCAGCGGCGGCGAGGGGAAGGUGGCGAGCGGCAGCGGCGUGGGGAAGGUGGCGAGCGGCAGCGGCGAGGGGAAGGCGGACCCCGCGGGCGCGCUGUACCUGCAGUACGCCUCCUCGUACGGCACCGGGGUGUACGACGACCGGCAGUGGUGGCCGUGGCUCGUGCCCACCUUGCUCGGCGCCUGCGUCGCCGUGUUCGCCGUCGAGAUGUACGAGAACGACUGCCCCAGCCACGGGAGCACCCUGGGCGGCCGCGCCACCUGCGUCGCCGGGUUCCUCCGCCGGUUCUCCUUCCAGCCGCUGCGCGAGAACCCGCUCCUCGGCCCGUCCUCCGCCACUUUGGAGAAGAUGGGAGCUCUUAACUGGGCCAAAGUUGCUUAUCAACACCAAGGAUGGCGCCUAAUCAGCUGUAUGUGGCUGCACGCUGGUCUAAUCCACUUGGUUAUCAACAUGCUGAGCUUGCUGUUCAUCGGAAUCCGCCUUGAACAGCAAUUUGGCUAUGUCCGCAUUGGGAUCAUCUACCUGCUAUCUGGCUUUGGCGGCAGUGUGCUGUCUGCACUGUUCUUACGUAACCACAACAUCUCUGUUGGUGCCUCUGGAGCCCUGUUUGGCCUACUUGGCUCUAUGCUCUCGGAGAUAUUUAUGAACUGGACUAUUUAUUCCAACAAGGCAGCAGCCAUCAUAACUCUUCUGUCUAUAAUUGUGAUCAAUUUGGCGAUCGGGAUACUGCCGCACGCCGAUAAUUUUGCUCACAUUGGUGGAUUCGUAACUGGAUUCCUUCUCGGGUUUGUGCUGCUGGCAAGGCCUCAGUUUGGUUGGAUGGAACGUAAUGAGUUGCCAGAGACUAAUCAACCUCCAAAGUACAGAAGGUACCAGUAUGUUCUGUGGGGCGCGGCACUGCUCUUGCUUCUAGUUGGGUACGCGGUCUCCCUGGCGAUGCUUUUCAAGGGCAAGAACGGCAACGAUGGAUGCCACUGGUGCCGGUACCUGAACUGCUUACCGACAUCCAGAUGGAAGUGCACUUAGACGGUUCAGUUCCAUCCAUUUGGUGUUUCUCCGAAAUACUCCAUACAUGAAUCCUCUGGGAUCCUCUCUCUUUAUGCUUGUGUGUUUAUAGACCCGCAUCAGACUUGUGCUUUACAUAGCCGAAUACCUCCUGCAUCUAUAAAGUAAAAUCAUGCGCGAUGAGCCGAUGAUGUAAUUUGAACUUGUACCUGUUUGCGGUUUCCUCGCAAGGCAAUUAAAUGGUGUAAUUGUACAUUGUUUUUUCCUC